AUGUCCGUAAGAUAUCUCACUGCGAAGCUUGCUCAGCAAAUCGAUGAAGAACUUAUGAGCGCCGCUGGCGCGUUCAGCCUUGAUCAGCUUAUGGAACUCGCAGGGCUGGCUUGUGCUCAGACACUUGCUGCAUCGUAUAAGAAGGAUAAAUACCCUCGCGUGCUUGUCUGUUGUGGCCCUGGGAACCAAGGUGGUGAUGGCCUGGUAGCAGCUCGCCAUCUCGGUAUGUUUGGCUACACACCGACGAUCUGGAUGCCUAAGCCCGGUUCGAAGGACAUAUACAAGCGCCUUCAAACCCAAUGCACGAACAUGCACAUCCCGACCCUCUCAAACCCUGACUCCUCCGACCCCAACUUUGCCUCCAGAACCGAAUCCACGCUAAAAUCCACACUCGAAAACCACGACGUCAUCCUCGACGCCAUCUUCGGCUUCUCCUUCAAGCCACCCGUUCGCGCCCCCUUCGACAUGGCACUCCCUCUUCUCUCCUCUUCCGGCCUGCCCAUCGUCUCGGUAGAUAUCCCAUCGGGCUGGGACGUCGAAGAAGGUAACAAGCAUGGUGUUGGGUUGGAGCCUGACGUCUUGAUUAGUUUGACUGCUCCGAAGGAAGGAGCGAGAGAAUUUAAGGGACGACACUGGCUAGGAGGACGAUUUGUUCCCAAGACGAUGGAGGAAAAGUUUCAGUUGAACCUGCCCGAGUACCCUGGAUUCGACCAAAUCGUGGAGCUUCCCCAGAAUAAGGAAGGGAAGUUGUGA